AUGUCGUGGUUUAAAGAAGAACGGAAGAUCUCAUAUCUUCGAUCUUUUUGUAAUAAUGUUAUAAAAGCCGGUCCGAUGCCUCAACACGUCGCAAUAAUUAUGGAUGGAAAUAGGAGAUUCGCUAAGAAAGUGAACUGUGAGUGUUCAAAAGGACACGAAAAGGGAUUCGAAAAGUUGACCGAGGUAGGUUGCAAAGAAAGCUCUCGUCCUACCUAUCUAUCUGCAAGGUUUACAAACGAGGUAUAUUUUGAAUAAUUUCUUACUCUAAAGGAUACUCUAGGAUAUAUUGGUGAGUUUUUCAUUCAUUUUGCAUGCUAUCCUGGGACAAGAACAGGCCAUCCCCCAACUCAGUUAGUCAGUGCCCCACCAAGGAUGAUGAAAUCGUGCUACGUAACCGUUAAGCCAUAAUACCAUAAACAAACCUGUAAUUUUUAAUACAUAUAAACUGAUGUGCUUAAAUCAUAUUUUACUCCUUCCCUUAAUUUCAUUCUAGCCCUACCCUUAUGAAAAUGAGUACAUUUCAUUGAUUUUAGAAUGCGAACUUUGACCUACUUAAUGAAAUUUUUGGGCAAGAGGUGUACUUACAGUGCGGCUACUGUAAUCUGACCAAUCAGAUUACAGAAAAAUAAUGUAGUGGUCCCACUGUAACAAACUGCAACAAUUUCCAUGUUCUAUUUUACAAAUCGACAGCAAUUUUCCUUGGUCUGUACUCUUAACAGCCAUAGAAAUGAUGUCAAAAUGUUCAAAAGCAACGAGUCGCAGGUGAUGGUUUUACUGCAAAGUUUUGAACAUUUGGACAUCAUUUGAUUUUCUAUGGCCGAUAAGAGUACAGACCAUGGAAAAUUGUCGUCGGGUUGUUUUUUUUACCAUAAACAUUGACAGUGUUGAUGUCUGUUUCCGUUGAAAUUUCUUAGAAAAUCUUGGUCCUGAGAAAGAGAAAAAAAAUUGCAGCACCAUCACGUCAUUUCCAUUGUCUGUACUCUUACUGAACAUAGCUCUCAACCAAUCACCAUACUAGAAAUCACUCAGUUAUGAUAAAAACUCUAAUUGACUUUAGAAAUGACAUCAAAAUUUUCAAAACUCUAGUGGAACCACUUGCUGCAGGUGAAUGAUUUCACUGCAAAGUUCUGAAUAAGUUUUAAAGAAAUUGUAUUAGUAAAAAAAACAACAAGGUUUUCACAUUAAACCACAGUCAUCACCAAGGAAAAAGUAGAGUUUUUUGGAAAAAUAUAAAUACUAAAUAUACAUGUAACAAAGCUUGUUUCAACUGGGCCAAUAUAAGUGUAAAGAAUGUUGUUUCAAAGACCUUUGUGCAAAUAGAAUCAGCAAUGGUCUUCAAGCGUGGACUCAGUUCUUUUAUGAAGAACAUUAACCCUUUACAUGUAGGUCCCAAGAGUGACCAACAUCAAUUUUCUCCUAACAACAUCAGCAGAUCAUCAAGAGUAAAGGUUAUGAGAAUUACUAAAUUGAUUACUAAAGGGUGAACGUUUUGAUCUUAAACCAAAUUCUCUCAACUAUUCUUAAAGAAAUGUAUGGAGAUCAGUCUGGAGAAUUUGUAUGUGAAUCUUGUGGGGCUUAAAGGGUUAAUAGUCCAUACAUACACUGUACAAACCUUGGUUGGCGCUUGUGAAGAAUGUGAAAUCGGUUUUCUUUUGGGUCAUUUGUUCACGUAAGGUGUUUUCAACAAUGUGCUGCUUGAGAUUCCAUGCUACAUAGCCAGUAUAAUUUGCCUGUAUCUUUCUUUUUUCCAAUAGCUUAGAUCAUUUUUUUUUAUCAUACAUGUAGGUUCUAGAGUGGUGUUUUGAUCUUGGUAUUCCUGAGGUAACAGUUUAUGCCUUCAGUAUUGAAAACUUCAAACGAUCAAAAGAUGAAGUUGAUGGGCUCAUGGAGCUUGCCAAGCAAAAAUUUGACAGACUCAUGGAAGAAAAGUAAGAGGAAGCAAGCUUUAAAAAUGUACAUGUAUCUCUACUGCUGUAUAAUAUGUUCUAUGCUUUUCAACAAGUUGUAACUUGUUGAGCAUCAAUGGUGAAUAAUUUAAAAAUGUUUUAAUUUGUUUUCUGCUUAUUCAACAAGCUGCAGUACACCUGUAGGCCCUUUGCAGCUGAGGGUCACAUGAUCUAUCUUAUGUCAAAAUUAAGGGAUACAUUUAAAACCUGAAAGAAAUUUAUCAAUUUUGUAUGUGGCCUGUUGAUUCUGUGUCCUCAUUUCAAAACAAUGUUUGGGGACAGCAGCUACACUGAGUUACAUGAUGGUUCUUCACAUUUGCCCUCUUGGACGAAUUGCGAAACACAGAUGGUGAAAUGUUGAUAAACCUCUUGACCCUCUCCACCCCUCCCCCCCCCCUUAUUAGUUUGUCAUUUGCUAAAAUCUGGAAGACAUGUGACCAGACAGACCAGACCAGGCUUUGUUCAAUAGGUGGAUAACACUUUCCACCAGAUAAAUCUCUAUCCACUGGAUAAUGCAGUUGGUUUUUCUAAUACAGUACUUAUCCGUUGGAUAACCGGGGCCAAGUUCUCUUACUCUCUUGCUCCAGGAGCAAGUACUGUAGGAGAGGACCCUAGGAGGGAGUUUGCUUGGCUAGAUGUACAUGUAUGUACCAAAUUCAGACCAUUGCUUUAUAUGUUUUAUUUUUUAUCCAAUGUAAACGUAGAAGGAGAGCACAAUGGAAACCAUUACUGAGGUUUUUUUGUUGUUUCCUUGUAGGGAAAUGAUUCAAAAACAUGGAGUAUGUGUGAGAGCUCUUGGUGAUCUAACAAUGUUACCCGAAGAUCUACAAAGAUCAGUGGCUAGAGUGGUUAAGUUUUCACAAAAUAACAGAAAGUAAGCAAAAAUAAAUUGAGCAUUUUUGCUUAGUGAUAGAAAUAGCCCAGUGUAUAUGUAUUAAUAAUUUAGGAACUUAACAUGUAAUAUCCUCAGUAACUCAGAGGUAUGUAGCCAGUCAGGAAACGUUAAUUUUGAAAAAGGAAAAUCCAGACAAUGAAAUUUUUUAUUCCGGGUUACUGGGUCCCAUAAGACAUUUCUUAAACACCUUUGCAAAUGCAGGCUUCUGAUUGGUCAGAAAAAAUCGUUGGUCAGACAUUACCUCAAGACAAUGAACAAUAAUUAUUUUACAUAGCAAUGUUGAACAACCAAACAAGUGUAAACAAUUCCACAAACAAGCAAACCAGAAUUUAUAACUAUCUUUUGGACUGCAGAGUAAUCAUGAUCAUGAAUAAUAUUCCUAUUUAUUUGUUUAUUUAUACAUGUAAGUUGGCAUUAGCCUUUUUGUAUUUAUUUUGUCCUCUGGGGUUUGCUGCCGCUCAAAUUGAAAAUUUUCUUGUUAUUUCCCUCAGAGCAAUCCUGAAUGUAUGUCUGGCAUAUACAUCAAGACAUGAAAUCUCUAACGCUGUUAAAUCUGUGGCUGAAGGGGUGGAGCUUGGUUUAUUAAAACCUAGGUGAUCUAGUACUUUGCAAACUUAUUUCUACAUGUUUAAAAAUCAUUGCCUUUAUUGGUAUGUAAGUUUUAGAGGUAUAACUUCAAUGUUACAGCUGUAUCUUUACUCAGCCAGACAUGUUACAUGCAAGUGCUUCCAGUGUUGGGAGUUGACUGAGAUUAAUUUUCAUCAUCGAUCAUCAGAAAUAUUCCGAUUGACCCAACCAAUAAUUUAUUGUGUGAUCAUUAAUCAAAAUUGGGAAAAUCUCUUAACAAGAACUACAUUUAUGAAAGUCAAAAUAAUGCUAAGAAGGGACCUUAGGAAAGUUGAGAUUCACUUCAAGCAAAGAUACUUCAAGCUGCAUCUUUUUUGGGGUUGAACGUUACUGUUAUAAUUUGGUGACAUUUAAGCUACAAUACUAAAAAUCAGAGACCUUUUGAGACAAGAAUUUAUUUUCAAAUAACUUAUUGCUUUGGGGGAUCUAUGAUUUACCAUCUAGUGUAAUCUAGAUCCGUGCACCACUACUGGCUUCCUGGUAAGAUUAGAGCCCAUCGCCUUCCAGAGUACUGAUUGUACAGUCAUAUUUAUGUACUGUGUAGACGAACUCAUGGUGAACUAUUGUGGUAACGAUAGGCCAUUUACUUCAUGUACAUAAUUGUAUAAAAUAAGUAUACAAGACAAAGUAAUUACCUGUAUAACUUUCUUAUUCAAUCUGCAGUGAUGUUAGUGAGUCAUUAUUAGAGAGAUGUCUUUACACUUCACCAUCCCCCCACCCUGAUAUAUUAAUAAGAACCUCGGGAGAGGUGCGUUUUAGUGAUUUCCUGUUGUGGCAGGUAAGUCACACUGUACACUCCUAAUUAUUAUGAUAAAAAUAGUUCCAAGGCUAUUUACAUUUAGUAAAAUCCAACUAGUGGUCUAUUAUCAAUGCUGUGUUCCAAUUGGUUGAGCUACUACUAGGCUAUAUGUUAUAGCCCACUAGUAGCGAAAAGCGCGGGCUUUUUGGCGGCUAAAAGGGAUUAAAGUCUAGCUUUAACUAGCUAAAAAAUUUUUAUUCUCGAUAUUUUUGACCAGCUAGUUGGAUUUUACUACUGAAAACAAAUUCGGCAAGCUGUUAGGGCAGGGAUUGAGAUUACAAUAAUUACAUGUAUUCCAGGCACUAACCACUUGGCCACACACGUACUGCCUCCACUAGGGAUUAUGUUGUGAAUAAAAUCCAUUCUUAGGUUAUUAUGAGCUAUUAUCCAAUGAAGUUUUCAGUAUAGUUUUAUUCAGAAUUGACUGUGUUUCACAUUUCUAACUAUUUGGGAGACAAUAAGGGAAAUUCUGGUGUAAUGUAUUAACAGAAUAAUAGUAUUGUGUACCGAAAGUACAUGUACAACAGCUAUUGAUAUAAUGUCAAAUUUUCCUUUCAUUUUGCAAGGAAAUGCAAGAAAUUUGAAAGGAGAAUCAAAAGGUUAUUGGAAGUUAUUUUCGUGGGUUUUUUUCACACACUGCUUCAAAUGCUUCAAAGAUUUCAAGAUUGGAUCAAAAGUUCGGGAGACCCUUAAUGGUCUAGUCACCAUUUGCCACCCUUUCAGUGAUUGGGAUCUUGAGAUGAUAAGAGUAUGUUAUAGAGCUUGCCGUCAUCACCUCCGGUAACACCAUAAUCUCUUUCCUCUUUAUUGCAGUGUUCCUAUUCAUCUCUCUCAUUUCUUAAAGUUCUAUGGCCUGAAUUCUCUGUCUGGGAUUUCUAUGGUGCAAUUAUUUCCUUUCAGUGGAAUUAUCAAACUUUUAUGGUGGGUAUGAUAAAAUACAUGUAAAUGGUUAUAUGUUUUUAGGUUGCAAACACUUCUUUGUUUCCUUCUUGAAACUUGGAAUUUCUUAAUUGUUUAUAAUUUGAUUAUUGUUAUUAUAUUGACCUAAGUAUUUGACUUUGAAAAACUGCAAUGAGAUGUUACUCAAAAUCGUUUAUAUUUUGUAAUGUUAAAACAUUAUGACAUUUCGACCUUCUUGGAUUCUCAUUGCAGUGUUCUCCUUAUCAGGCGGUAACCGGUAAAAUUUACCGUCUGAAGCAACACUUCUUACAGGCUGCAACCGCUUGAAGGUUUGCUAAAAUUAAAUAAGUUGUUUUAAAAAAUACGCAAGUUGUGAUCUGAUCCGAUCAAGGUAUGAAUAUAUGCAAGUGUACUAAAGUAUACACAGCUUUUCUAGAGCAUUGAAGACAGUGUAAUAUUAUUGGAAUCAAACUUUUUUAGUGUUGUCUAAAAAUAACAACGGCAGAUUUGCGUAAAAUAGGUCUUAAAGUGAGGGAAUGACAUUUCAGAGAACUUAGCUCCUAAAUUUCACAGCAAGGUCAAAGCCACGUCCCUUACUCCACUACCCCCCUCCCCCGGGAAAGUGCGCUUCUGGCACACAUUUUUUUUGCCUUACCGGCCGUGAAUGGUCCCUUACCUGCUGAACUAAAAUUUAGGGAGAACACUGCAUUGCCAAGUAAAAAAAUAACAUAUGUAUAGCUGUUCUAUAAAUACAUGUACAAGAAAAAACAAUUGCUGGUUUUCACAUUAUAAUCAAUGAUGUCAUCAAAAUUUAAAUUUAAAGAAUGAUCUAUCCUCCUGAAUUUGUACUUUCAUGAAGUGUAAGAGCAGUUGUAAACUAAUACUAAUACUUAUGCAUAAUAUGUUCUAUGAAUUUGUGCUAUACCAGUAUUUACAUGUAUACUGCACAUUCAGUGUUUUUACUUCCACAUGAGAAAUAUUUGCUUCUUGAUGAUCAAUAAUAAUAAUUAUUAUGGAAACUAACCAUUCAGCAGUGGAUAGUGAAUAGAAGCUGAAGGCUUAAGUGUAAAUUUUGCUGUCUCAGACUCAUUUAUAAGGACUGGAGACUCAAGAUGAGUAAACAUAGUACUAUAAGCUUUCCUGGAAAGGAAUGGAUGCAAAAUAGUGAUCAUCAAUAUAAUUGUUCUAUGGUUGAUCAUUCUUUUAGGAUUCUACAGAGAACAACAGAAGUAAACAGUUAGAAGCUGAGCUAGAAUGGGAUCUGAGGUGUGUCUUAGAUCAAAUGGGAGAAGAAUCUUCUUCAAUCACCAAUGGUAAUGGCCAUAUAUCAAGUGCAAGACAAACAUGUGAGCAGAAUGGUGCGGCAACCAAUGAGAUCUCCCAUGCAAAUGGAUAUCAUGCCUCACCAGGGCACAUUUGCAACAUAACAGAACUGUUAACAAAGCCUUGCAUACAGCAGAGACUUGAUGCUUAUAGAGAAUCAAAGAAUUCCAGAAUAGACAAAUUUCUUGCCCAUUUAGAUAGCAAGAAGAAACAGUAUCUGGAGAAUUUAUGCCCAAGUUAG